AUGAGCACUGCGAGACAUCUUCAGGUUGGGCCGUAUGUGAGCGGGAUGCAUUUGGAUCUGGAGGGGUUUCAGGCCCUGGCCGCUGUCGCCGACGAUGGACGAAUCGACUUCGACUUUCACCACAGCCCUGGCAAAGCCGGCGAGGCCGUUGAGCAACUAAUAAGCCACAUGACCCAGCAUGAAGAAAACAAAGAACAAGAGGAUUUUGCCGUCGGAGAAUCCCCUCCAAUCUUAAAUAUUGUUAUUCAAGUCAUCGGGUCUCCCGGCGAUGUGCAGCCUUUUCUCGUGUUAGGGAUAGAGCUGCAUAAUUUCGGACAUCGAGUACGGAUUGCAACCCAUCCUUCCUUCAAAACUCUUGUCGAGAAUGUGGGUCUGGAAUUUUUCAGUAUCGGUGGUGACCCGCAAGAGAUGAUGGUCUAUAUGGUUAAACAUCCUGGUCUAUUGCCCCACUUCCAGAAACCUGAUGAAGGCAGCGCCAAGGAAAAACGACAAGCAAUCAGGGAAAUGCUUGAGAAUCUUUGGAAGUCUUGCUUUAUCACAGGGAAUAACUUCAAUACGACCAAAAACAUUUCAAAGACUCAGCAAAAGCCUUUCGUUGCCAACGCUAUCAUCGCAAAUCCUCCUUCAUUUGCCCAUAUCCAUUGUGCCGAGAAGCUCGGAGUUCCACUCCACAUGAUGUUUACCAUGCCUUGGUCGCCGACACGGGCAUUUCCCCAUCCACUUGCAAACAUCAAAACCUGCUCCUUGAACCACAGUGCUGCAAACUACUUUUCAUUCAUGCUGACUGACACAUUGAUGUGGUUAGGUCUGAGAGAUCUAAUCAACUCCUUCAGGACCGAAACACUUGACCUAGAACCUAUUCACAUUUUAUCUGCUGCCGCGGCAGUACACAAAUUGAAAAUUCCAUUCACUUACUGCUGGCCACCUUCUUUGAUACCGAAGCCAGUUGACUGGGGACCAUUAAUAAGCAUAUCCGGGAGCUAUCUGCUAAAGCCACCGGUUCACUACACUCCUCCCCAACGCCUGAUUGAGUUUCUGGAACGAUUUUCAAGUUCAAUCUAUAUUGGAUUUGGAUCUGUUGUUUUAGAAAACUCUGAUGAGGUGACUCGAAUUGUCCUUAAUGCAAUCCAAAAAGCAGGAGCCAGUGCAAUCAUCAAUCGAGGAUGGGCUAAUUUGGGGAAUAAUAUAAGUAAAGAUUUGCCAAAUGUACUGUUCAUUGAUGAUUGCCCCCACGCGAAUUUCUUGUGUGGUGCAUCAUGGGGGGGGGCUGGAACUACGGCGGCAGUUAUAGCAGCGGGGAAACCGUCAGUUCUUAUACCAUGCUAUGGUGACCAAUUCUUCUGGGCAGAAAUAGCGACAAUGGCAGGGGCAGGCCCGCCACCAAUCUUGUUCAGGAACCUCUCUGCGGACCGACUCGCAGAUGCCAUACGAGUUGCGCUUACUCCUCAGGUAUCGGGACGAGCUUUUGAACUUGGAAUGCGAGUCGCAAAAGAAAACGAAAUCUCAAAUGGGGUUGAAGCUUUCCACAGACAAAUAUCUGGUUAUAAAAUGCACUGUUCAAUUUUUCCACGCCGGGCUGCAAGCUGGAGAAUCAAAGAAACAAGCAUUUCACUUUCUCCGUUUGCAGCUGCGGUACUAAUGGAGGAGAAUGUGAUUGAAUUGGAGUCAAUUGAACUGUGA